UGAUUACUACUCCUCCUACAUAUGAACAGUGAUCUUCACUGACCUGUCCAAAUCAGCAACAUUCCAGUGAUGCUAGUGCUACGAUCGAUGAGACCCUUCGUCCUGGUGCUUUUGAUCACUGUCUGUGGUUUGAGCUUGUUGAUCGCAUGUCCGCCAGCCGUCGCGGCGGCGCGCGAGAGCCUCGCCCGGGGCGCCUCCAUCGCCGUCGAGGACUAUGCCACCGACUUCCUGCGCUCGCCGGGCGGCACCUUCGCCUGCGGCUUCUACCGCGUCUCCUCCACCGUUUUCACCUUCUCCGUCUGGUUCACGCGCGCCAAGGAACGCUCCGUCGUCUGGACCGCCGACCGCACGCGCCCUGUCCACAGCAAGGGCUCGCGCCUCACGCUGGACAAGCGCGGCGGCGCGCUCAUCCUCACCGACUACGACGGCGAGCCGGUCUGGAACUCCACCGUGGCCGGCGCCCCGACGGCCUCGCGCGCCCGGCUCCGCGACACCGGCAACCUUGUCGUGGAGGACGCCGACGGGAGGGCGCUGUGGCAGAGUUUCCACUUCCCCACGGACACGCUGCUGCCGACGCAGAGCCUCACCGCGACGACGCGCCUGGUGUCGUCGCGCGACGGCAGGCUGCUCUCCUCCGGCUACUACAGCCUCGGGUUCAGCGACUACGCCAUGCUCUCCCUCUUCUACGACAACGGCAACUUCUCCAGCAUCUACUGGCCCAACCCCUACAACAACUACGUCGCCAACAACCGCAGGAUCUACAAUUUCACCCGCGAGGCCGCCAUGGACGCGCUCGGCAACUUCCUCUCCAGCGACAACGCCAACUUCCAGGCGGCCGACUUCGCCGCCGCCGGUGUCCGGAGGAGGCUCACGCUCGACGCGGACGGCAACCUCAGGGCGUACAGCCUGGACGCGGCGAAGGGGACGUGGGCGGUGUCGUGGAUGGCGUUCCGCAACCCCUGCACCAUCCACGGCGUCUGCGGCGCCAACGCGGUGUGCCUCUACGCGCCGGCGCCUUCCUGCGCCUGCGCGCCGGGGCACGAGCAGACCGACCCCGGCGACUGGACCAGAGGGUGCCGGCCGACUUUCCGGCAGCACCAGUGCGGGAAGCCGACGCGGACGCGGACGAAGCUGAUGGCACUGCCGCACUCCGACUUCUGGGGCUACGACCUCAACGACGGCGAGAUCCUGCCGUUGGCGGCGUGCGCCAGGAGGUGCCGCGCCAACUGCGCAUGCGUCGCGUUCCAGCACAAGGCCAACAUGGAGUGCUACCUCAAAAGCGUCCUCUUCAACGGCAGGACGUUCCCCGGCUUGCCGGGGACGGUGUACAUCAAGGUCCCGGUCGACUUCGUCGUCCCGGAGUUCCACGUCCACCAAUGGCAAUCGCACGUACACGGCGGCCUUGCCAUCCUUGAGGAGAAUAUCACCGUCUGCGGCGACCGCGCCGCUCAAAAGGUCGUCCUCAACGCCACCGCCUUGUCACGCAAGCACGUCGGUGACGCCGCGGGGAAACCGGUGUGGCCGUACCUGUACGGGUUCCUGUCGGCGCUGCUCGUCGUGGAGGCCCUUGUCAUCGGGCUCGGCUGCCUGCUCUUCUCCAGGAAGGGACUGUUCACGCGGUCCUCUCCGGUGUACCCCAUGGACGAAGGCUACAGACUCAUCCUCCUCACCACAAGCUUCCAGAGGUACAGCUACGCGGCGAUCAAGAAGGCCACGGGGAACUUCGCCGACGAGAUCGGCCGCGGCGGGUCUGGCGUGGUGUACAGGGGCGUUCUCGAGGACGGCCGGGUCGUGGCCGUCAAGGCGCUGACGACGAGCGUGAGCCGCUCCCACGGGGAGGAGGAGUUCCAGGCGGAGCUGAGCGUGAUCGGCAGGAUCUACCACAUGAACCUGGUGAGGAUCAUCGGCUGCUGCUCCCAAGGCAAGCACCGCAUCCUCGUCUCCGAGUUCAUCGAGAACGGCUCGCUCGCCACGAUGUUGUUCUCGGACGAAGACGGCGACGGCGACGGCGGCGAUGAUCACGACGUCCUCGCGUGGAGCCAGCGGUUCCGGAUCGCCGUCGGCGUGGCCAGGGGCCUCGCCUAUCUGCACAGCGAGUGCCUCGAGUGGAUCAUCCACUGCGACAUGAAGCCGGAGAACAUACUGCUGGACCGUGAUCUGGAGCCCAAGAUCACCGACUUCGGGCUCGCCAAGCUGCUGGACCGCCGCCCUGAGGGGUCCGCCUCUCGCGCAGGGCGGGAGGCGAACCCGUCGGGGCGGAUCAGGGGGACGAGGGGGUACAUGGCGCCGGAAUGGGUGUCGAGCCUGGCCAUCAGCGACAAGGUCGACGUGUACAGCUUCGGCGUCGUGCUGCUGGAGCUGGUGAAAGGGGUCAGGGUGGCGGACGGCGACCAGAAUACGGACGUCAGGGCCGUGGCCAAGGCCGUGGGCGAGAAGAUGCAUUCCGGCAGCGUGGAUGAUCUUGUGGAUGGCCGGCUCGCCGGCGACUUUAACCGCGCACAGGUGAAGGUGGUGGUUGGUGUUGCCUUGUCGUGCUUGGAGGAGGAGAGGAACCGGCGGCCGAGCAUGAGCGCGGUGGUGCAGGCGCUCGUCUCCGUUGAAGAUGCGUGAACCCAAAGGUGGUCGAUCAGUAAUUCCUUUGGAACAGACCACGUUUACUUUAUUUAUUUUAUAUUUUGGCCAAUCAGUAAUUCAUGUACGAGCGCUCUUCAUGUACUCAACACUUUUGCUCACUCUUAGUGAUAACCGUAUCCUCCGAAAACUCCAAACAAUACUGUGCUUCCGAACGUAGUCUUUG